AUGGCGGAGCCGUCUGAGCCUGUUCACGAGAUGGCGGAGCCGUCUGAGCCUGUUCACGAGAUGGCGGAGCCGUCUGAGCCUGUUCACGAGAUGGCGGAGCCGUCUGAGCCUGUUCACGAGAUGGCGGAGCCGUCUGAGCCUGUUCACGAGAUGGCGGAGCCGUCUGAGCCUGUUCACGAGAUGGCGGAGCCGUCUGAGCCUGUUCACGAGAUGGCGGAGCCGUCUGAGCCUGUUCACGAGAUGGCGGAGCCGUCUGAGCCUGUUCACGAGAUGGCGGAGCCGUCUGAGCCUGUUCACGAGAUGGCGGAGCCGUCUGAGCCUGUUCACGAGAUGGCGGAGCCGUCUGAGCCUGUUCACGAGAUGGCGGAGCCGUCUGAGCCUGUUCACGAGAUGGCGGAGCCGUCUGAGCCUGUUCACGAGAUGGCCGAUCCUGAACUCUCAAAACUCCCUAAUCUGCCCGUGAGGCCUUCUAUGUAUCCUGUUUCUCUGUCUUUCUCUCUACCCAGGAUCCUGCUGCCACCAGCUCCACCCUGGCUUCCUGAUCAGCUGACUCUGCCCGGGUUUCCAAGCCCUCCAUCCCUCCCCCAGAUCAACCUCUGUUCCUCCACCCUCCUGAACUUUUGUUUUUUGUGUGGAGUGUCUGGAAGCCACUCCUUAGAGGGGGGGUUCUGUCACAGUCCUGUCUUGUGUUUACCUGUCUGUGACUUUUAG